CCCGGCUUGAGGCGCCGCUGACUCCGGGAAGAGGCGCUCCCCUGUGCCCUCGCACCCGCGCCCCUUCCCCACCGCAACAGGUCAGGGGCGCGCGGAGGCGGUGAGGGCGCCCGGCACGGGCUGGAGGACCCCGGCGUUGGAAGAUGAAUAGACUCACCGCUUUCCACUGACUGGCAGCAAUGGCAUUUACUGAAAGAGUUAACAGCAGUAGCAACAGCAGCUUGUACAAUGAGGACAGAAACCUGCUUCGAAUUAGAGAGAAGGAAAGACGCAACCAAGAAGCUCACCAAGAGAAAGAGGCAUUUCCUGAAAAGAUUCCCCUUUUUGGAGAGCCCUACAAGACAGAAAAAGGUGAUGAGCUGUCUAGUCGCAUACAGAACAUGCUGGGAAAUUAUGAAGAAGUGAAGGAGUUCCUGAGUACCAAGUCCCACCCUCAGCGCUCGGAUGCUUCUGAGAAUAGGUUGGGAAAACAGAGACAUUCUUUUUUUCCUGAGAAGGGGAGCAGCGUUCCCUCCCACUCCUUCCAUACUAGUGUCCACCACCAGCCUGUUAACACUCCUGCCUCUGGGCCACUGCCUGUUGGUAAUAUUAGCCACAAUCCAAAGAUGGCACAGCCAAGAAUGGAACCAAUGUCAAGUCGCCAUGUCAAAAGCUACUGUCCAUCGGACAGCCAGCAUCUGACCCAAGAUCGCCUUGGUCAGGAGGGAUGUGGCUCUAGUCAUCACAAAAAAGGUGACCGCAGAGUUGGUGGAGGAGACCACUGUGCGUCAGUGACAGACUCGGCUCCAGCAAGGGAGCUUUCUCCCUUACUCUCCUCUUUGCCUUCCCCUGUCCCCCCUUUGUCACCUAUACAUUCCAACCAGCAAACUCUUCCCAGGACACUCGGAAGCAACAAGGUUCACAGCAGUAACAGUAACAAUAAAGGCUUCUACAGGGCAAAAUCUCCAAAGGACCUCACCGGAAAGGUCCAUGAGAGAGAGACCCCUCACGACAGUUUGGUGGCAGUUGCCAGCCUUGGCGUAGCCCCUCCCCAGCCACCUUCUCAGGCUUUCCCCCAACCUCCUCUCCCCUCAAAAUGCAUCGCAAUGCAGCAAAAACCUACAGCUUAUGUCCGGCCCAUGGAUGGUCAAGAUCAGGCUCCUAGUGAGUCCCCUGAACUGAAACGGCUGCCGGAGGACUACCGGCAACAGACCUUUGAAAAAACAGACUUAAAAGUGCCUGCCAAAGCCAAACUCACCAAGCUGAUGAUGCCUUCUCAGUCUGUUGAGCAGACCUACUCCAAUGAAGUCCAUUGUGUUGAAGAAAUUCUGAAGGAAAUGACCCAUUCAUGGCCUCCUCCUUUGACAGCAAUACAUACGCCUAGUACGGCUGAGCCAUCCAAAUUUCCUUUCCCCACAAAGGAUUCCCAGCACAUCACUUCUGCAACUCAAAACCAAAAGCAUGAUACAUCUUCAAAAACCCACCAUAAUUCUCAGCAAGGAACAUCCAUGCUUGAAGAUGAUCUCCAGCUCAGUGACAGUGAGGAAAGUGAUGGCGAACAAGCCCCCGAGAAGCCUCCUUCCGCAGCUGCACCUCCAAGUGCUCCUCAGUCGCUUCCAGCAACAGCGGCCUCAGCACAUUCCAGCAGUGCCGAAUCUGAGAGCACCAGCGACUCUGACAGCUCCUCAGACUCAGAGAGUGAGAGCAGUUCAAGUGACAGUGAAGAGAACGAGCCCCUAGAAACUCCAGCGCCUGAGCCUGAGCCUCCUACAACAAAUAAAUGGCAGCUGGACAAUUGGUUGACCAAGGUCAGCCAACCUGCAGUGCCCCUGGACACUGUGGGGAGUACAGAGACCCCACCCCGGCACCUGGACAGUAAAUUCAAGGGCUGCAGCGACAGUGCCAGGAGCACUGCUGGUCACGAGCACUCAGAAUCCAAAGAUCCUCCCCCCAAAAGCUCCAGCAAAGUCCCCCGGGUUCCUUCCGAAGGCCCCCAUGCUGGCAAGAGACAUUGUCAGAAGUCCCCUGCCCAACAGGAACCCCCACAGAGGCAAAUUGUUGGAACCAAACAACCCAAGAAACCUGCCAAGACCUCUGCUCAGACAGACUCGCGGGCCAGCUUGCAGGUGGAAAGUGAGCUAGGACUUCUUCCCUAUGGUUCCAAAGACCAGCCUUCCAAAGACAAGCCCAAGGUGAAGACGAAAGGGAGGCCCCGUGCCGGAGAAAGCAGAGAGUCCAAGCCAGCAGUGCCCACCCCCAGUGACAGGAAGAAGCACAGGGGCGCCCCCCAAGCCCCCUCAAAGGCGCUCUUGGGCCCGGAGCCCACGAAGGACAAUGUGGAGGACAGGAGCCCUGAGCACUUUGCCCUGGUUCCCUUGACUCAGACCCAGGGGCCCCCCCAUGGUGGUGGGGGCAGGACUAGUGGCUGCCGGCGUGCCGUGGUGGUCCCGGAGGACCGCCGGAAGGACAAACUCUCGGUGCCUUUGAGAGACACCAAGCUGCUCUCCCCACUCAGGGACACUCCACCCCUACAAAGCUUGAUGGUGAAGAUAACCUUAGACCUUCUUUCUCGGAUACCCCAGCCCCCUGGGAAAGGGGGGCGCCCGAAGAAAACAGAGGACAAGCAGCCUCCUGCAGGGAAGAAGGUCGACUCUGAGAAGAGAAGUUUGGACAACUCGAGCAAGUUGGCCAAAAAGAGAAAGGGUGAAGCAGAAAGAGACCAUGAUAACAAGAAAGUCAGACUGGAGAAAGAAAACAAAUCACAGUCAUCAUCUUCAUCCUCUCACAAAGAAUCUUCUAAAUCAAAAUCAUCCAGGCCCUCCUCUGAGCCCUCAAAGAAGGAAAUGCUCCCCCGCCAAACUACGCCCUCGUCCUCCCAGAAGCCAGCCAAGCCUGCACAAAAGAGGCCAAGGCGGGAAGCAGAUCUCUGUGGCCAGGACCCUCCCAAAAGUGCCAAUAGUAGCAAAAGCAGCCACAAAGACUCUUCCACUUCCAAGCACAGAAGAGUAGAGGGGAAGGGCUCCGGGAGUUCUGCAGAGCACAGAGGAUCUUCUGGAGAUAGUGCAAAUCCUUUUCCAGUGCCUUCUUUGCCAAAUGGCAACUCCAAACCAGGGAAGCUUCAAGUAAAGUUUGACAAACAACAAGCAGAUUUUCACAUGAAGGAGGCCAAAAAGUUGAAGGACAAAGCAGAAUCAAUGACAGACAAGGUUGGGAAGGCUUUUAAGUACUUGGAGGCUGCCUUGUCCUUUAUUGAGAGUGGGAUUGCCAUGGAGUCAGAAAGCCCAGCAUCCAAGUCCGCUUACUCGGUGUACUCUGAAACUGUAGACCUCAUUAAAUUCAUAAUGUCAUUGAAAUCCUUCUCAGAUGCAACAGCACCAACACAAGAGAAGAUAUUUGCUGUUUUAUGCAUGCGUUGCCAGUCCCUUCUGUACAUGGCAAUGUUUCGUUGUAAAAAAGAUAUAGCAAUAAAGUAUUCUCGUACUCUCAACGAACACUUCCAGAGUUCUUCCAAAGUUGCCCAGGCACCUUCUCCAUGCAUUGCAAGAAGCACAGGCGCACCCUCCCCUCUCUCACCAAUGCCGUCUCCUGCUGGGUCCAUAGGGUCCCAGUCAAGCGCUGGCAGUGUGGGGAGCAGUGGGAUGCCUCCCACCAUCAGUACCCCCGUCACGAUCCAGAACAUGACGUCUUCCUAUGUCAACAUUACUUCCCAUGUCCUUACUGCCUUUGAGCUUUGGGAACAGGCUGAAGCCCUUACAAGGAAGAAUAAAGAAUUUUUUGCUCAACUCAGCACAAGUGUGUGUGCCUUGGCCCUCAACAGCAGUUUGGUGGAUCUGGUGCACUAUACAAGACAGGGUUUUCAGCGGCUAAAACAAGUAACCAAAACACCUUAACAGAGGCCCAAGUGGAUUUGAUGCCUUGGGAGAUUUUCUGCACAUUGUCUCAUCAGGACACCAUGCUCAAGAAUAUAAGAAGUUGAGAUAUCCAGGACACUUGUCCACGUAAACUCUCAAGAGCUACGUGAUCAUUGGUUGGACGUGACGUUUGUGCAGAAGCGAAAGGGGGAGACUGGCCUCACAGAUGCUCUUGCCUUUCCUAACAAAAGGACAGAAGUGCAAUGUAGCCUAAGUGGAUGUAUGAAUGGUCUAGAAACAUUUCCGUAGUUUUUUAACCAGCAGGAUGCAAGUCACAGAUGAAAUGCGAAGCAAAUUCAACUUAAAAGCAAAUCCACUUCAUCUCAGUAGCCACAUUCCCAGAAGGAAAACAAUUUUUAACAAUGAAUUUUGGUGUAGGGUUUUGUGAAUGAUUUUUUUUUUUCCUUAAUUUUACAUUUUGGGGGAAGUACUUGUUUAAUAAAUGGUAACGGUCAUCUAUAAAAUUCUGAAGGACUCCACUGUACCCACACUCUGCCAGCGAACAGUGGCUUUGAUAAUACCAAGUAUUGUCAUAAUUUAUGAAAUGAAAGGUGACUUCCCAUGGCCUGGAGCACUGAGCACUGUCCCAGGCUGGGCUUCUCCUACUGUGCUGUGAGUCAGCCCCCGCGGGACGCAGAGGGAGGAGCCUCCACACAGGAGCCAGCGCCGGGUCUCCAGGUGUGAGGGAGGCUGUGGCACCGCCACUACCACCCCAGCUUCCACGAAAGGCAGUCACCACUGACUAUAUUCUGAAUUUCCUACCUGGGGAAGAAGGGAACCAACGUUUGUACCUGACCAGAUGGCUAACGUGCUUUUUAGUUUUUGUUUAAGUAGAGCUGGAAUUUGAGGUGCUGACCUGUGGUCUGCGGUUAUGGGGUAACUCCUGUGUCUUACCAAUUCAGAGUUUUGUCAGCGAACAACAACAACAAAAAUGAAAUCUACUUCUUAGAGAGGCUAUAUUUUUCUGCUACAAAUUAUUUUAUAUUUAUAGUGAAACUAGACUUUCAGAGUCCUUGAUUGUCUAGGGGAAAUUAACUCCCUGAGAGGAUGUGGAGAUUUGGGGUGUUUAAUUAGAUUUAAAAAAAAAAAAGUCACCACUUGCCUUCACUCCCAAGUAUUCUCAAUCAACUAGAUUUAAUUAGAUUGAAGAGGAACUGUGGCCUUUCCCCUGUGUUGUUAUUGCCAUAUUAGAUAUGUUAAACCAAGCUCAUUUUGAGUGACCCAAAAUGAAGAACCCAAUCAGAAUUCCCAUAUAUCCAUAAAGCACAGAUUUUCCUUUUCAUUGAAAUUUUGAAGGUUGUUAUUGAAGCAUUAUUUUGAGUGCAGUGUUCUUUAAAUGCCAAUUCUUUUUUAUCCCUCUUAGAAAAAAAAUAGAACUUGCAUAUGUAUUGAAAUCGAAGCAUGAGUGUUACCUCUACAGUUGGUUUAUUUUCCUACCCGCCUUCUCUUUUUUUUUCCUUCUAUAUGUUGUUUCUUCCCAAGCAUGUGUGACUUUUUCAUAUUUAUUUAUUAGCAAAGAAGGUAUUACCAUCUUUAUUUAUAAUGCCAUUUUAAGAUCCAUAUGAUGAAUGUGAGAACUCCCUUGUGAUGUGGUAAAUCUGGAAAAGGAUGUGUGGAAGAUGAGGAUGAUGCUUAUUUUCCUCACUACAAAUUGUUUUUUAUGAAGCUGUUCUUUCAGUGUCUUACAACCUGUUCUUUUGUUACCUAUCCGUAGCUAGGUCACAGGCCUGUUCCUCACGUUUAGGGUAAAGCAGAGAGAAUUACUACAGUAGUAAUAUGUGAGUAAGAACUCGAUGUAUGCUCUUGAUGAACUGUUUUCAUUUAUUGAUGUUUGAAAGCGAAGUCAUGACCCUUUUUACACUAGCAGUUGCUCAGAGGACACAGUAGCCUGGUGGGUGGCACUGCGUGUCCCUCUCAUACGUGGGAGAGGACAGACAAGGGUGAGGCUUUUGUGACUAUUUAACAUCUUGUUUCCCUCUUAGUCAUUGCCUCUCCUUUACCCCACAACUCCCCAAGAUGAGCCACUCAUCUUUAGGAUGAGCUCUGAUCUAUGCAGAUUGGGGGUGGGGGGCCAGGGUGGA